UGAUGCAGAGGAAGGAGCACGUCCUGGGCCGAGGUGCUGCCUUGGGCCUCAAUUUUCCUAUAUGCCCAAUAGGGAAAAGGGGGCUGCGUGACGCACCGAAAAGGGCCUACGAACAUAAGCCGAGCUCAGCUUGGUGCACCUCCGCCCUCCUCCGCAGCGCCCUUCACUUCCCCUCUUCAUUCAUUUCCAGCCUCUGCCACCCGUCACGCCUGCCCCCAACGACCCCGCUGUGAGCAUGCGCACACAUAACACCCAUUGUUUCCGAGUCCGAAAGGAUCUGCAAGCGCAAUUUCGCCAGCGGAGGCGGGCGGAGGCGUGGACCUUGGCGUCACCACGUCUUGACGUCUCUCCGGGAGCGCGGUUGCCUGGGUGACCGGGAAAGCCGUUUCCGACCCAGAGGAGCAGAGGUCGAGAUUAUUUACCUCCUGACUUCUAUAAGUGUGUCUUGGGAAAGCAUGGACCGACAUAUUCCUAUACAUGCAUUGCCUGACGAAAUUCAAAAGAUGUCCCGUGAUGAGACAGUUUGUAAAUAUUGUGGCGUCAGCUAUCUGAUCCUCCAUGAAUUUAAGCUUAUGGAAGAGAAAAUGAAAGCAAUGGAAGCAGAUAUGAAAUUUUAUCAAGGAAGUGUCGACCGUGAGAAGUCUCUCCAAGAAAGGCUAAAAUCUCUUGAGCAAGAUUUUCAGAACUCCAAGACUAAUGGUGAAGCUCAAGCAGAAAGAAUUAGAGAUUUGAGCACACAAUUAGAAAACCAACAAAAAAGAUUUCAGAGUGUGAAUGAAGAACUGAGACAUUUUCAAGAUGAGCUAAAAGUCGCACAUAGACAGUCACAACAGUACAGGAAGAAUUUGGAGCAGCAUCAUGCCAUCAACAGGAAGACUCUCAUCUUACUGAAGUUUUCUAGGCGAGAGCUAGCGAGCAUUAAAAAUGAAGUCACGUACACCCUCCAGAACCUGACUUACCUGAACGAGGAAAUUGUGUUCCAGAUUAAACACAUCAGUGAAAGAGCGGUUUUUACAGAAAUGACUAAACUGAAUAAAACAUUAUCCUCAGUUCAGCGAGACAAGGACCGCCUAGAGGAAGAAGUGAAAAGUCUGAAGCUGGUGUCAGAUGCGGCUUUGUUGAAAUCACAACAGAUUCAGGCGAUAGGCCAGCAAGGAGUAGGCUUGCUGAACAGAUGCCAUGAACUUCAAAAGGAAGCAAUAGAAUUACAAAAUCAAAUAGAGGCCCUUGGAUUGAAGUUUCAGAAAGCAAAAGAUGAAGCUGAACAGUACAAAGAAAUGCUCAUGGUUAAGUCAGAUGAAGCUGAGGAGUACCAGAGAAAAUUUCGAAAACUGAAGUUCGAAAGCAACAUUUCUGAAACACGACAUGCUAGAGAACUAAAAGAGAAGGAAGACUCUUUGCUGGCUUGUCAACAAAUGUGCAAACAUUUACAGGAAGAAGUGGCUGCGAAAGAAAGGCUAGAAGAAAACUUGAAGAGAAAAAUCAGCCUCUCAGAGAACGAACUGGAUAUGAUAAAAGUUCUUCUGAAUCAGGCUCAGGAAGAGGUUGUGAACCUGAAAAAUGAAAGGGAGUUAAUGGUGAUUUCACAUAAGAAUAGAAUUGAGCAGCUGCAGGAAAACUUCAGACAGAAGAUGCUGAGUGAUGAGAACUGGAGGGAGAAGCUUGAAUCUGAACUUAAUAAAGAGCGACUCCGACAUGCAGCAGAGUGCCAGGAGCUAACUCUUCGGAUAAAGGAAGAAGCCAAACUGGAACUUGCCAUUGAAAAGGAAAAACACCAAGAAAUAAUAAAACAGUAUCAGAGAGAACAAGAGAAGCUUCAGAAGAAGAUAAACGACUUAAUAGACAAUGCUACCCAUGAUCUGAGGAGGGAAGUGGCCCUUCUAGAGAAGAAGCUCCAGGAAACCCAGAUGCAGUUUUCUGAAAAAGUGGCAGUGAAAGAAGCAGAAAUCCAAGGCCUUAAAGCUUUGGUGAUGGAUUUUGAAUCCCGCCUGAGGAAGGAGAUGAACAAUAAUGACUCCAUUUCAGAGGAUUUGAGGAAGGAGAUAAAACAGAAAUCAGAUGAAUUAGAAAAAAUCACCCAGGAGCAUACCCAGCUCAUGCAGCAGUUUAAUCAGGCCCAGGAAGAGAACACUUUUCUUCAGGAAACAGUGCGGAGGGAGUGUGAAGAACGCUUUGAACUGACUGAAGCUCUUUGCCAGGCUAGAGAACAACUCCUGGAACUCAAGAAGCUCGAUGGGAAUUUCCCAUUAUCCCGGAGUUCUCUCAGUCAGGGCAACCUAACCUCCUCGGCUCUGGUGGUCAGUAAUGGAGAAAGAAGUCUGAUGAGCACAGCCCCAGGAAAAGGAGCCAGAAUCCCCGUCCUGCAUUACAUCCCCAAGUCAUCACCUAAUUCCUCAUACUCGAAUCAGGGCCCAGGUGGUAGCAAUGGGAUCUUACCCAUCCCCAAACCUCCCAAGGGAAAGGCAUCUUCAGUAAAUGAAACACGGCACAGGAUAGCUGGGAUACUGAAGAGUAGGCUGAGUCAGCAUCGACCUGGCUGGGAUUAGCUGGUCCAUGUAUAAAGUUCGAUGUCAAGUAUCGGAGUGGUCCCUUCGCUUGAAGGAGUUAGCGUUGUUUAGGUUUAAACUUAAAUUCUCAAGCAAUUAUGAGACAAGAUCAGCCCAAGAUAUCAAAGGGACAUAGAAGUUGAGAGGGGCAGUCAGCAUCUGUGUCUUUGUGAAGGGCCAGAUUUUCAGAGAUUUUCAGGCUUUGAAAGCCUGCUGCUCCAUUUAAAAAUUAUUAAUCAGUGUGUAAUAAAGUAGUCACGUUUUCCAAGAGCCUGAGAGCUAAAUUCAAAAGCUGCACAGGAAAUCAAGUAGUGGGCCGCCCAACAGACCACUUGACCCCAGCAGAUACAAGUUUAGAGAUCACAGCAGAAAUUUUCCCCCUAUCGAAUCUUUUCUAUCUCUUGUAAUUCACGGAGGUAGAUCUCUACCCCCCAAAUGAGAAAGGUAGUGCUUCCUAGUUGUGAAGAGUAUCCUAAUAAUUGAAUGAUCACUCGUGGAGGGAAGGAAAGCCCGUUAGCCUUCUAGAGAUAAUUGCCAAGAAUUUUACUUGAAGUAUUUUCGGAGUUCACGAUCAUCACUGUCACAAGUGUGCCUCCUCUCUGUGCCUUAAGCCCUUAGGGAUGUACAUGGAAAGCCGCCAUCGCCAUCGCCUAGGUGUUGAUGUUUUUCUGUUCAAGCCAAGCAAGAAAAGUAAGUAGCAGCUAGGGAGCUGGGCAUCUGUGUGAACCAGGCUGACAAGUCUGCAGAGAAAGAGCGAGACCUCGAACACAAGAAAAUAAUGACGUUGAUUUUCAUAGGCAAAACAUUUUUUAUAGGUAGUUUUCAGUAAAUGCGAUUUUGUACUCAGAGUUGUUUAUGUUUAAGCUUCAAUUCUCAAACAAUUGUGAGAGAGGAUUUCACUCAAGACAGCCAAAGGGGUUUAGAAAGAAAGUGAGAGGGGCAGGCAGUAGCCUUGUCUUCUGACUCCUGGCAGUUCCUUUUACUGUUCUCAGGCUGGAUUAGUAUCAACAGAAACAAGGCCAAAGAUUUUAGCCCUGCUUAAAAUGGCCAGAUUCUAGGUACGCUUCAACACUUUCUUAUCACCCUCUGCUCUGGUCGUUUUUUAAUUCUCAUCUUUCUCUUCUUCUCUCCUCCAAGAAGAAUCCAUCUUCCAAUAAAAUUUCCCUUUAAAUCUUUCAUUAGCUACGACAUCAAGAAGUUCUAGCCUUCAAGGCCCUAGGCUGGAAUGAUAUUAACAGAUCUGUAAUAAAUCAUUUCCAUGCUCUUAUACCUGCCUAUGGUAUUUGCCCUUGUUAUUGAUGAGUAAAGGUGCCUUGAAUCCUACCCUGUACAAGAAUGAAGGAAUGAGGGGCAGCUGGGUAGCUCAGUGGGUUGAGAGUCAGGCCCAGAGAUGGGAGGUCCUGAGUUCAAAUCUGGCCUCAGACACUUCUCAGCUGUGUGACCCUGGGCAAGUCACUUGACACCCAUUGCCUAGCCCUUACUGCUCUUCUGCCUUGGAACCAAUAUACAGUAUUGAUUCCAAGAUGGAAGGUGAGGGUUAUUUAAAAAAAAAAAGAAUGAAGGAAUGGCUCAAGCAAAUGGCCACCAUCUCCAUUCUCUCAGUCUUAGAGACUUUUGCUAACAGAGCCACAGGACUAAUUUCUACACAAGGUACAGAGAACCCCCUGAGAGCAGGGUAUUCUUUUGUCCUUGAGUAUAACAAAUAGUGACCCCCAAACACAUCCAUACAUCCUUCAAUGUGCUUCAUUCUUGGCAUUCCAAGAAGAAAUGCUAUAAACACUAUUGCUACAUAACGGGGUAAUAUUGUAACGAAUUCCAGGGAACUGUUCAAAUUUGUCCUACUAGAGUCUGUUUUUAGGAGGGUGGAAUAUAUUUAAGAUGCUAGUCAUUGGCUAGUGCUUAGAAAUCUUUAUUUUACAGAGAGUGGUUUUCAUUCCAAUGACAUUUGGCCUAAACUAAGAGUUUUAGAAUUUUAGCUGGCAGGAACUGUUUAGGCCUUCUAAUACACUUGACUUUAGGGAGCAAAACUGGAAUUUAGAAUGAAAAAAGGACCAUAGAGGUCCUUCAAGUCCAACUCCUUUAUUUUACAGGCUUAGAGGCAGGGGUAGCUAGAUGGCUCAGUGGAUUGAGAGCCAGGCCUAAAGGUAGGAGGUCCUGGGUUCAAAUCUGGCCUAUGUGACCUUGGGUACGUUAUUUAACCUCUAAUGCCUAACCCUUACCACUUUUGGAACCAAUACAAAGUAUUCUAAAACAGAAGGUAAGGGUUUAAAAAAAGAUUUAGGGGCCCAGACAGAUUAAGUGAAUUGCCAAGAUCAUAAGUAACAGAGUUGGGAUUGGAACUCAGGUCUCCCAACCAUAAAUUUACAAGUAAAUCUCUAAUCUACAAAUUUGUGUCUUCAUUUGGAUGAGAAAACUCAAGUCCACAGAAGGCAAAAACUUCACCUAAAUCAUACAAAUAGUUAGGCAACAGAACCAAAGAGAGAGUCCAAUUCUCCUGCCUUCUGGUCAGUUUGUUUCCCUUUUAUUGUGGGUUAUAGAGCUAUCUGUAAAUUAAAACUGUUCAUUGAAAGGGAGGGCACCAGGUGAAAUGAUAAUCUAGCCCAAUCUCAACUCUUAUUGUCAUAAGAAUAUAGAUAAUCUCUUUAUCCUGUGAAAAUAACUCCCAUGUUGUAUGCUAAGUUCUUUUUGCUUUGUCUUGACACCUACAUUUUGAUUCUGUUCCUAGGAUCCCAAAGGAGAGGAUAGAGUCUCUUAAAUUUUCAUAGGUUAGAAACUUGAUUUUAAGCAGAGAAGGGAAUUGCCAACAAAUCUUGGCUUCUGUAUUCCAUUUCUAUCCAAUUCGAUGAGCACUUGUGAAAUUCGUACUAGAUAUGCAAGAAAAUACAAAGACAAAAAUGGAACAACCCUUACCCUCAAGGAGCUUACAUUCUACUGGAACUGCUGCUAACCCCUUGCUUUAUGAGGAACUUGUAGCAAGUGAGGUUUACAUGCUAUAAAAAUCAACCUCAGAACAGACUGCAGAAUUCCUGCUAGAUCAUCCUAUUCAUCCCAUGUUUGCAGAGGCAUUUCUAUAAAAUUAACAAUUGACAAUAUAGUUUUCAUAAUUAUAAACCAUCUGAACACCACUAUCUGAGCUCUGUACUUACAUCAUUUGAAGGAGAAGGUUUAAGGGAGAAAAAAAAGCCAUGGAAAUUAAACAAGCAAACUGAGGGAUAAAAGGAUAGUAAGGAAAAACAAUUUAGUGGCUUCCCUAGAUCCCUCCCCCAGGUAGUGACCUGCUGGUACCAAACAGUAACACAAAAUAUAUUCUCGUCAGGAAAUCCCCUAGUCACAUCCAACCCUCCAAUGUACACAGAAGGUCAUCAUUCCUCUAAACCCAUGCUCCCUAAAGACCUAAACUUUCCAGUGACCUCAGUGGAAGAUUUAUGCAUGUAUGGAGAAGAGAGCAUCACUUUGGAAAUUUACACAUGUUCAGAGAAUUGAGCAUUCACCAUUGAAAUGCUAAAAGGAAAACCAUUUUAUUUUCCCUGGCAUUAGGGUUAUUUUUUCCUUUUUUAAAAUGAAAAUUAAUGGGUUCUUUCAUGCAAUUUUUAACUUCCUGAAUAAGAGCACUGAAUAUUUUGCUCAGAACUACUUAAAAUUUCUCCUUUCUGGUGAUAGAAUUGACUGGAAAUCACAUUAAUAUUUUAAAUUAUGUAAGAUUAAGAUGCUAAUGUUCCAUUAGCCUCUAAAAGUCUUUGAAUCAUUUGUAGUCUUUAAAAGUCAUUAUCAAUUAUAAAAAUAGCAAAGUUCUCUGACUAUGGUAUAAAUGUUAUCAAACUUUAUCACCUAAGUGCACCCAUCAGUCUAUCAGUUUUAUGUGACUUUAAGGGAUAAAACUGAUAUGCCUACCUAAAUUGCCAAAACAAUUAAUGCCCAGUAGCUGAAAGCACCCAACUGAAAUCCUUUGGUCUUUAUGUAUUGCAAGAAUCUGAAUUAGUUUGGGUUGACGGUUCACAAGUUCUGUUAUUUGUAUGGGCCAAUAAUCUCUUUCCCUCCAUGCUCUUUCUGAAGUAGAUCUAGGGUCGCAGCCAUUAAAGCAAACCUUCCCCUUAUCACCAAGGCCUGGGAACAUGCUCAGUACUUGACUCCAGGGUGGAAGUAACAAGCCCUCUAAAGGAAUAAACACCCCUUGGGUUUGAGCCAAGUCGCUUUCAUUCUUUGCCUGGAGAGCCUUUUCAAACCAUCAGCCCCAACUUGACUCUAAACAGGAUAAAUUUCUUGGCUCUAAGGGAAGACCCAGAUGAAGCAAACUCCCAAGUACUGACUAGUGCAUUCUUAGGAUUCAGAAGGAUCUUGGUUCAAGGGGAAACACUGUGGCACAGUUGUUGCAGUUAAGGGCUGUCUAGUGACUCCUAUCUUCACACAUUGUUAAAUCAUAGCAUCAUAGAUUUAAAGUUGGAAGGUCAUUUAGUCCAACUCCCUCAUCUAGAUAAUGAGAAAAUAGGAGACCACGGGUACCAGGUAACUUGCCUAAGGUCACACAGCUAGUAAGGGACAGAGCCAAGAUUCAAAUCCACGUUUUCCUACUCCAGACCCAGCCCUUCUGCAUCAUGCUCUUCCACAUAUAAAGGCAAUAAAAACUAAUCAACUAAAAGCAUCUGCCUUCAUCAGAACAUGGGAACCUGAUAUCCUGGGCCAGCAUACCCUAAUGUCCAUUGCACUCUGCAAAUGGACUCAUUAAUGACUUGAAACUAUGACUGAUGCAAUAAUAUUCCCAAAGUUGUGUCUCUAGUAUCUGAAGAGUUGCAUUUUUCAUCUUUAAGAUGUUAGCCUUAUAGAAAGAAAUCUUUAAGUUGUUGCUAAUGUGUUGUCUUCUUUAGGAUCUUCAAUAUGUAUAUUUAUGUACUUUAAAAUUCAAAUUUUCAUUUAGUGAGUUUCCCCGAUAGUGUCAUGGCCCUCUCAGGAAAGCAUUUUUUAUUGUAGCAUCUGUUGCAAUAAGGCAUAAUUCCUGAAUUCCAUAAUUCAUUUAGCACUCAUACAUGAUAGCACUUUGUAUCCACUGAGGGAUUAUAAUAUUUCAUUGGACACCCUUCACAAAAUCCUAUCAAAAUGAAAACUGAGAAGCCCCAAGAUGAACCAAGUUGCCCAAGAUAAAUAAUAGAUAUGAUCUCUGAAGAAUUUUUAAAUGGACAUAGGUUCUAUCUGUAUCCAGUGACUUUGAAGUUGAAGCUUCUUGCCCAUUUGACAAAUAAUUGAUCACCAACUAUGUGCAAGCAUUUUGCCAGGCAAUAUGGAAGAAUACAUGCAGCCUCUUCCCUUAAAAAGCUUACUACUCAUGGGGAUGAAAGAGCUAAACAAAUAAUACAAGAUAACAAAGAAACAUACCCCAGUAGAGAGGCCAUCGGAGGGUUGUGAGAAUUCAGAGGUGGGUGCUAUACUAUUACUUUCCAGCUGAAGUGAUCAGAGAUAGCUGCAUAAAAGUGAGGUAUUUGAACAUGACCUUGAAAUAUUUUGAAAGAGAUGGAAGAGGGAGAGCAUUCCAGACAGAGGAAACUAAACUAUGGAGUGAAAGCAGAGCAGUUAGUACUCUUUGGUGUAAUAGAAGUUCAGGAUGGAAAGGGUGGGUUGGCAUCAUGGAAGACAAUAGAAGAGAGAAGGAGGAGGAGGAGGAAGAGGAAGAGGAAGAGGAAGAGGAAGAGGAAGAAGAAGAAGAAGA